UCGCCAAACCCAAAACGCCAAGGUACCGUCUUCUGCCAAACUCUCGUCCACAACUCUACCAUGCAGCUCGCUCUCAACCCACUGGCCUCCCGCCAAGUGGCAGUCAUCGGCGCCGGCGCCGGAGGCCUGGUCGCAGCACGUGAGCUCAGGCGAGAAGGCCACAAAGUCGUGGUCUUUGAGCGAGGAGACCAAGUGGGUGGCACGUGGGUCUACACUCCGAAGGUAGAAUCCGACCUACUUGGGCUCCACCCGGAUCGGACCACGGUCCACUCGAGCAUGUACCAGUCACUCCGGACGAACCUCCCGAGAGAGUCCAUGGGUUUCAGGGACUUCCCAUUUGUGGCCAAAGAAGAAGACGAAGAGAGAGACCCGAGAAGGUUUCCGGGUCACACAGAGGUGUUGAGGUAUUUGAAGGACUUUGCGAGCGAGUUUGGGAUAUCUGAGAUUGUGAGGUUCGAGACGGAGGUGAUGGUUGUGGAUUCGGUAGAGGGUGGCAAGUGGAAGGUUAAGUCUAAGAGCAAGGGAGGUGAUGGUGUGGAUGAUGAGAUUUAUGAUGCUGUUGUUGUCUGUAAUGGGCAUUAUACUGAGCCCCGUAUUGCCGAAAUCCCAGGUAUCAUUUCAUGGAAAGGAAAGCAAUUUCACAGCCAUAAUUACCGCAAUCCAGAACCAUUUCGAGAUCAGGUUGUAAUUUUAAUAGGGGGUGCAGCUAGUUCUGCUGAUAUUUCUCGAGAACUAGCUGGAGUUGCCAAAGAAGUCCACAUUGCAUCUAGAUCUGUUGCUGAUGAAGCCUUUGGAAAGCAGCCUGGCUAUGAUAACAUGUGGCUUCAUUCUAUGAUCAAAAGUGCCCAUGAUGAUGGAAGUGUUGCUUUCCAAGAUGGGAGUGUUGUCGUUGCUGACAUCAUUCUUCACUGCACAGGGUACAAGUAUCAUUUCCCUUUUCUUGAAACCAAUGGCAUUGUGACUGUAGAUGACAACCGUGUGGGGCCACUGUACAAGCAUGUCUUCCCGCCAGCAUUGGCUCCUUCACUUUCCUUUGUUGGGUUACCAUGGAAGGUUGUUCCUUUCCCAGAGUUUGAAUUUCAGAGCAAGUGGAUAGCAGGUCUUUUGUCUAAUCGAAUUGCACUUCCAUCCAAAGAAGAAAUGAUGGAGGAUAUCAAAGCUUUCUACUCGUUACUUGAAGCUUCUGGCAUUCCUAAACGAUACACUCAUAACUUGGGUGAUUGUCAGUUUGAAUAUAAUGACUGGCUUGCAGCUCUGUGUGGGUGUCCAGUCUCCGAAGAAUGGAGAAAGAAAAUGUACUUGGAAGUUUCAAAGAAUAGGCAUGCCCGGCCAGAGACUUAUCGGGAUGAGUGGGAAGAUGACCAUUUAGUACUGCAAGCUCAUGAGGACUUCAAGAAAUACACCUUAAAUGGCAUUACCAAAAAAUGAUUUAAGUUUAUAAUCUUUGAAGUGUGCCUGUUCCUAACCUUGUGAUUGUUUCCCCUCUACAAGGU